AUGGAUCAAAAAUAUAGUCAAAUGGACCCGCCUCGCCAUCAAGAUGCUGUAUAUCAUCAAUAUGAUGGUCAAUAUGGUGGUCAGGCCAUCGAUCAAACUUUGCCUCCAACAGACCAAGAGGAAGCGCUCUUCUUAGAGCAAGUUACCGGUUGGAUCCCAAGACAACCGCCCGCGAGAGAGGCGCGCAUGUUCCGCCUCAGUAGACCAGUCGUGAUUCCAAGAGUAGACAUUGCUAGGCCCUUCCAAACGCCGUUUCCUUUCAUGAGAGCAUACAGCCCCGAUCUAUAUCGCCACGAUAUAAGCGCCGAGACCUUUGUUGCCUUCAUCGACAAUCUUGCCGUGGCAGAAGCUCCGCCGGCUCCAUUGCAAGCCUUGAACGUUGCAGGCCAAGCAAUAGGAUUCGUUCCGCAUCACUGGGCGCAAGCUGCUAGUUUCGGUAUAGGCAUGGCCGCAGGUGUAGGUACAGCGGCGGUCACUCGAAUUCGAACGCAGCGAUUCUUGGAGGCCGUUAAUCGCGAUUAUUUCGGGCCUCGAGGACUGAAAGUGUCCAUUUGCAAAGGCCAUGAUUUGGCUCCAAGGAUUGGACUCGGGCAACUUCUACCAGAAAUACCAGACCGACAAAUGCAGUCCAUCGCUGCAAACAUAGCGCCACUGUCUUUAGAUGUCCCCCCGCCUUCCGAGCAGCGCAAUAUCAUCGACAGAUUGAGCGCCAAGCAAGUCGAGUCUCAAAUUAAGAAGAGCGAGAAAAGUAAUCGCAAAGAGCUACUAAAGCUUCGAGAAAAGGAUUCAAAAAUGGCCCGAAGGUCACAGGGACACUCCGGCGGCGACAGCUCCGAUUCAAGUUGGGAGGAUGAGCAGCGCGAGCUGGACGAAAAGAUGCAGAAAAUUCAGCGCAAGGCCGACGAAAAAUUGGCUGAUGCAAGUCCCAGACAGGCUUCAAGGAUAGAGGAGAGGCGAGCAAAAGAGAUGCGAAAAAUUGAGCGAGAGCAGAGGAAGCUGGAUAAGGAGGUUGAGAAGAAGAUGUCCAAAGCUUCAAGAAAGGAGGACAAAAAGCUAUCCAAGGACGGUCGGAAGGCCGGAAGAAUGGAGUUUGUGGUCGUGGAAAAUAUUUGA